UGUAUAUGCCUAGUCUGAGGCCCCAUCAGCUGACGGAGGGGCGUGGCUUCCCUCUGCUCUUCAACCCGCGCUUUUCCGUCCGGCCUUAGAUUCUAGUCAUCCAUGCCAGAGGUUACCCCGGAGCGACCAGGACAGCUGUACCCCCCACAGUCGUGCACGUCAACCUGCGUUUAUAAGGGUGAAGUGUUUGUCCCUUUACAAUACAUUUUUUAAGGGUCAAUAAGUGAACUGGUUGCAAUGGGCAAGAAAUCUCGCGAAGACGAUUCAUCCUCCUCCCAAGAGGAAGAGUAUGUUGUUGAGAAAGUGCUGGACAGAAGAGUAGUGAAAAGCAGAGUGGAGUUCUUCCUUAAAUGGAAGGGAUAUUCAGAGAAACACAACACCUGGGAACCAGAGAAAAAUCUUGACUGUCCCGAGUUGAUUUCUGAGUUCAUGAAGACCUACAAGAAGAGCAGCAGCACUAGUGGAAGCUCUACGCCUAGCAGUGCGAGCAAGUCCUGCACAAAUGUGUCGCGCUCCAAAGAAAAAGAAACAAGUGGCUCAAAGAAAAAACACUCUGAUGAUGAGGAAGGUGGUAGUAAGCCCAAGAAGAAGAAGGAAGAUGAAGUUCUUGUAGCGCGUGGCUUUGAGAGAGGACUGGAACCCGAGAAGAUCAUUGGAGCUACAGAUUCAUGUGGGGACUUGAUGUUCCUCAUGAAAUGGAAAGACUCGGACGAGGCGGAUCUUGUGCUCGCUAAGGAAGCCAAUCACAAGUGCCCUCAGAUCGUCAUCACCUUCUACGAGGAGCGCCUCACCUGGCACGAAGACGGCGACAAGAAGGAGAAGGAUGCUGUGAGUGUGUGAGCACGGCGCCUGCUGUGGAAACAGAGACCCUCUGACGCAGGGACAGAUUUGACAUUUUCAGAACCUCAUCUUUUCCAUAAUGAUGGCCAGUAACCUUGGCAACUGGGGGACCCUCGCCCCCUAACGCUGCGUUCACACUGCACACCUCCGUUGACGGAUCUCAUUGACUUUGCAUGCGCUCUCGGAAUGCAUUGUGGGUCCGUCCGUUCUGUCGGCUCCGUUGCCUGCAUCAAAGAGUUUAGAAAUGUUAAACUUUUCAGGCAGCGACAGAGCCCUCGGCCAAUCAGUUCGCGUCCCCCGUACGUAAGACAUAUCCUCUGUCAUCCGUUGACGGACGUGUACAGUGUGAACACGGCGUAACAAUCUGACACUCUGCUAUAUCUCCGGCGAUGACCCAUGUAUCGGUCAUCACAGAGCGCCCCCACAUGGCUGAAAAUGAUCAAAGAGGACCCAGAGAAGGUGGUAGACAUCCUGCUGGAGGGAGUUAUUGCAUUGUACCAUUUUUUUCAUUUUGAUGUGUUUGUAGUUUUAAUGUGAAAAGAGAUGACCUGACUCCAUUUUUAUUCUUAGGCAUUUGCAUGGACGUGUAGGCAUUCAGUCCACUUGAGAUGUAGCUGUGCUUUGGUUCAGUGACUUUUUGUCUUUUUCAAGUCUGGUCUGCCUCUGUAGCUGCAGCUUCCUGAAUGUUUAACUACAGAUAUCAAUUUGGAGACAAGUCUGUUUCAUUUGUUUUUCCUUUUUGUACAUUUUAAGGUUGUAUUAAAUAUUGCCAAAAUACCACCCUCUUCUGAUGUUCGCAAUAUUCAGCAUUUACCUUAUUGCAUCCUGUGCACUUUUACUUACUGUUGACGGUUUUAAAAAUGGACUCCACACUAAUCCAUUUCAUGUUAUAGCCUGAUGGCUCUCCAGAUAUUUAAUGAGGUGUGGUAGGGGUAAUAUUGGUGUUUGUAAAGGCAAUCCUCUUGCUGAUGGGCAUCAGAUUUCUUGAGGCUUUCUUUUUUGUGGUUGUCUUUUCCGGAUUUGUACAUUUGUUAUGCACUCGUAUAAAGAGUUCAAAUAAAACGAUUCUUUGUUCCUUUCAAUUAUAAAUAUGUGGAAUCCAGGCGCAUCAUAACGGAACCCUCUUACCCCUUAAUGUUGUGAAUUCCCAGACAAUCUCCAUACAGAACCAGAAUUCCUCAGUCAUUUCAGUCUGCCACCUUGUGGAGAAAAGUAUUUUUAGAUGGCUUUUUAUUUUUAUUUGCUUCAGGCAACCAUUGUCCAUUUAUAAGGCCCUGUAAUUGUGAUUGUACUUAAGUUCAUUCAACGACACCAGAAGUGUAACCUCCAUGUUUAGGGGACUUGUCUUUGCUACUCUUGUAACCAUACAGGACAUGCGUCUGAAGUGUUCAUAUACUUGGUUUAUUGUAACAUGUGAUUUUUGAAUAUUGUAGUAAACCUGUGUUCCUUUGUCCAACUGCAGUAUCCUCUAUUCCAAUAGGGCAUUCAGGUUUUUAUUUUCUUCAAAAAAAGGACCAAAUUCAAAUGUCUUUAUAGUGGUGUGCUUUUUUUUUUUCCUUCCUAAACUGUUUAAAGCAAUGAGCAUGCAGUGUGAUUCUAUUGUCGAUGCUUAGUUGUUGCUUUUUUAAAUGGGAUGUAUGCCUUCUGUGUGUUAUUGAGCCAGUGUAACCAACUGUAAAUAAUUGAUCCGGAUCAAAUGUAUAACUUAAAUCAUGUAAUUUAAACUUAAGGAUUUUUGUUUGCUAUAAUUGACUUUCAAUUCUGCCCUUCAUAUUUUAGCCAUUGCUUGAAGACAUCUUUAACCAAUCUUGUCUGAAUUUUAACAGUUGGCCCCCGAUUCUAUAGUAUCAAUCUUUAAUAAACAAUUCCAGUGUUUUGCAAUGGAAGUUUAUUAUUUAA